UGGGAGAAAGGGGGUGUGGGUGGGAGCUGUGAGGAAAAUUAAAAGGAAGUAGAGGAAACCUCAAGCCAAUUGAAAGAGAGAAGGGGACAGUGAGGUGAGGGGAGAAACGCCAAAUCAACCCGGCACAAGUGUAGCAUAUACCUCUAUUCCUCUAAGUCACGGUGCGUGUGAGCCAUCCACUCCCAUGGCUUCCAAACAGCCCGUAGUGAAGAACAAAGGAGAGAAGCGUAAGAGAGUUGUGCUGACCCUAAAGGAGAAAAUUGAUAUCUGUACCCGUCUUGAAAAGGGUGAGAACAGGAAAGCUUUGAUGCAAGAGUACAAUGUGGGCAUGUCUACAUUAUAUGACAUCAAGGCCCACAAGGGACAGCUACUGCGGUUUUUUGCUAAUUCGGAUUCUAACAAAGCCCUUGAACACCGCCGCACGUUGCACACCCCUAAGCUAGAGCAUCUAGAUCGGGUUUUGUAUGAGUGGUUCUUGGUGAAACGGUCAGAGGGAGUCCCUGUCUCAGGCCCAAUGCUCAUUGAGAAGGCUAAAGAUUUUUAUGAGCAGAUGCAGUUGACUGAGCCAUGUGUUUUUUCUGGAGGAUGGCUUUGGAGGUUUAAGGCACGGCACGGCAUCAAAAAGCUAGAUGUUUCCAACGAAAGACAGUCAGCAGAUCACCAGGCUGCAGAGCAGUUUUGUGGUUUUUUCCGAAGUUUAAUUGCAGAGCAUGGUUUGUCCCCCGAGCAGUUUUACAAUGCCGAUGAAACUGGUCUGUUUUGGCGUUGCCUGCCAAAUUCGACUCCCGAAGGGGCCAGUGCCUCAGGUUUGAAGCAGACCAAGGACAGAUUGACUGUCCUCAUGUGUGCUAAUGCUGCAGGCUCCCACAAAAUCAAACCGUUGGUGAUUGGAAAGUGUAAUGGUCCCAGGACUUUCAAAGGAAUUCAACAUUUACCUGUUGCUUACAAAGCACAGGGUAAUGCAUGGAUGGACAAAGAAAUUUUUUCUGAUUGGUUUCAUCAUAUUUUUGUACCUUCAGUCAAAGAUCAUUUUAGAAAUAUAGGCUUACCUGAUGACAGCAAAGCUAUUCUUCUGCUAGACAAUUCUCGAGCCCACCCUCAGGAAGCAGAGUUAGUCUCUGAUAACAUUUUUACCAUCUUCCUGCCUGCCAGUGUUACCUCAUUGAUUCAGCCUAUGGACCAGGGCAUUAGAAGAGAUUUCAUGAGAAAUUUCAUCAAUCCUCCCGUCACUGUACAAGACCUUCAAACUCGUUACAACAUAAGUGACGCCAUUUUUAAUGUUGCUUGUGCCUGGAAUUCUGUCACUAGUGAAAUACUGAGGCGGGCAUGGAGAAAAUUGUGGCCUAGUGUUAUGUUUGCAGAAGUAUCUUCUGAUGAAGAAGAAUUGGACCGAUUUAGAGUAAGACCUCCAAAUAACACACUGGUGCAGAUUCUCGAAAUGGUGAAGGAUCCUCCUUCACCCCCGGUCAACAAGCUGAAUAAAAGCGAAGGAGAUGAGUGGGCUGACGCUGACCAAGAAGGUGAAGUGUCGCAGGGUGUUAGUGACACGGAAAUAGUAGAAACUGUCUGGAAUCCUGACAAUGGGACUGAUUCUGAAAAAGACAGUGAUGGAGAAGAUUUUAGGGAAGGGGAGAAAACAUCUUGGGAAAAAGCUGCUUCAUCCUUUGAUUCGAUUAUUAGUUUUGCAGAAAAGCAGCCAUGUUUUACAAACCAGGAGAUCAUGCAGUUGCAUAUGCUGCAUGCUAUUUUUAUGCGGCAGAGGCAGAUGGCAAACAAACAAACUGAGAUCAGGGAUAUAGUCAAGAUAGAAAAUCCCAGGGGAUAUCCUGGAAUUUGCACUGAUUCAGCCCAAUCUCCUAUACCAUCUACAUCUACAGCGCUGUAUAGUGAUAACUGAGAGUCAUUUUGGUGUCCCUGAGGCCCUGUGAGAUCUUAAAUCAUCCAAGAAAGAUUCAGUUAUACCCAGCAGGCUGUAUUUUCACUUAGGCAAAAAAAAAGUGGACUAAGACUUUUAGACAGAUUUUUCCACGGGGGUUGGUUAAAACCAAAGGUUGCUCAUUGAAUCUGGAAAUUCAUUUAAUUAUAACAGCCCAGACUUCUGUGCAUUCCGGUUAAUCGAGGUUUUACUCUAUCACCCUUUAUGUAAUGUGAGGAACCCCUAAAGGAAGACAACAGAACUGAAAGGUUUUUCCUUUGUAGCACAGAGCUGAGUGUAGUGUAAGCCUGUGUUUUAUCUUUCAGAAAGCACUCCCCCAUACGGAAUCUCUGUACGGUAGUAACAGGAUCCAGAGAGAUAGAGCUUAGUGUAGAGAGGGGAAAAGUGUAAGGUGUUCAGGUUUCCACAAAUCAGUGUCUACAGACCUUUUCCUUGUGGGGAUUAAAUGAGACUUAAGGGCUUGUUGCUUUUCUGGGUUUUUAACUGGGGAGGGGCUUGGAACAUCUGACUUUGAGAAGUUUAUUAGGUAGCAUAAAUCCUUCAGACUCAACUUAAGUGAGAUUCUGUGAAUGAGUCUCUGGAGGGCUUAGGCCAUCACAUUACCACUGGAAAUAAAAAUAUUUCAGCUUUUGAGGUAAUAUCCCUAAGAACUCAGAAUUAAUAAUCCCCAAUUUAGUAUAAUUACAUUCCAGAAGAAAGAAAUUGCGCUGUGACCUUAGGAAAGUCAGUCUCUGCCCUUACUCCAAAUGCCUGUUCUUCCUAUCAGUAAAAUUGGGAAUUAGAUUAGAUGUGACCUCUAAGGCCUUUUUCUAACAUUCCAUGAUUCUAUGGAAAUACAGUUUUGGCAGUUUAUGUUUGAAACCAGGCACUGGUAGCAAGGCACAGCCAUUCUGAAUAUUAAAAUGAUUCCUUCCCAAGGAUAUCAGAAAUAUCCUAAAUCAGACUGCUCUUUUGUCCAGCCCAGCUUGGGGACUCAGGGCAUUUUGCUUUUUAUUGGGUGACAGGUAAAGUUACUUCCCUCCUUUACCUCUAAAAGGAACCGUUUGGAUGAGGUAGUCUUGAAGUGCCCUUCUGUCUUUAACUUUCUAUAAUUAAUAUAUUAAUUUAGAGGGGUGUAGGUUAUGUACUCCAGAAUCUUCUGUAUCACAUUCCCAGGAAUUUCAGCUAGUCCCGUUUCUGGAUUUUGAUAAUGUCUUUAAAUCCAGACCAAGACUUAAGAAGUUUAUUCAGUUUCUGUUGUAUGUAAGUGGCUGAACUUCCACACCAAGAAAUAUACAGUGAUUAUUUGAACUUUCCUUUGUAGCCUUGGACUUUCUUAUCUCAGUGUUGAAAAGUCUGGCUGCUUUUUCCCUUUUUAUCGUUAGGCCAGUUUUGUCGAAAGAUUUAAUUUUUUUCCCAUUUAUCUAUGUUGAUCUUUAACUUAUAAACAGUUAAAUGCAUACCAUGAACCGUACAUAUCCCUACUUAAGACCCCUUCCCUACCUACCAGUGUUUCUAGGAAAUGCACUAAAUGCUUGUAUUUAUCCAUCUUUUUUUUUUCACUCCUGGAUCUCUAACUCCCAUUUAACUUUGGAUUAAUGUUGUGGCAGUGGAAUCAGCACAUACUUUUCAUUCCAGGGUUUCCAAUCUCUUCCACCAAAAGGCAUCUGAGACCUGGUGGGUAGAAUUUUGUCCACAGCCUGUUUAUAACUAUUUUUACAUGUUUCUUGCUUUAAAUGAAAUAAUCCUACAAAGUAUAAAUGCAUUGUGUAUUUCUUGCUUUAUAUGCAUGUGUAUAGAUUAUGCAAUAUCUCAAAUAGCUUUGAAAAAAUUUCAUUAUUGCUACAUAAAGUCAGAUUGACUUUGUGCCCUUA